AAAAUAUAUUAAUAAUUUAGAAAACUACCAUAUCUAUUUAAAAAGAAAUAAAUAUGUCAAAAUAUAUUUAUAGUCUAGAAAACUACCAUAUGAUUUAGCCUAAUAACUGUAACACUGGUAGGGUUUCAUCUCCAUUGCUGCUACCUUCUCACACUCGCCAUCUCCUCUUCCCGCCGACGACAUUACACACUCUCUCUCCGGCAUCUCCCCCGCCAUCUUUGUCACCAAUUUAAGCUAAGGUUCGUUGUUGGAUUUGUACUAAGUUUCAUUUUGUUGAAGUUUAACAAUGGAGCAACGACUGGCCAAUACAUGGCGUCUCACAGUCAAUGAGAAGAAAUUUAUCGAGAACGCUCUUCUCUCCGACCUCCGAGUUGAUGGUCGCCGUCCAUUCGACUAUCGCAAUGUCAUCAUCACUUUCGGCAAGGACGAUGGCUCGGCAGAGGUGCAGCUGGGCCAAACCCAUGUCAUGGGUUUUGUGACGGGUCAAUUGGUUCAACCCUAUCGUGACCGCUCCAAUGAGGGCACGCUUUCCAUCUUCACUGAGUUCUCUCCUAUGGCUGAUCCUUCCUUUGAGCCUGGCCGCCCCACCGAGGCUGCUAUUGAGCUUGGCCGUGUUAUAGACCGUGGCCUAAGAGAAAGCAGGGCUGUUGACACUGAAUCGCUUUGUGUUCUUCCAGGAAAAUUGGUUUGGGCCAUUCGUAUUGACCUACAUAUUCUAGAUAAUGGAGGAAACCUUGUGGAUACUGCAAAUAUUGCUGCUUUGGCUGCUCUCAUGACGUUUCGGAGGCCCGAAUGCUCAUUAGGAGGAGAUGAUGGUCAAGAAGUGAUUGUACAUCCACCUGAGGAGAGAGACCCUUUACCUCUGAUAAUACAUCAUCUUCCUAUAGCAAUAACCUUUGCAUUUAUUGGUAGUGAAAGUAGUGUGGUAAUAGAUCCAACUCAUUAUGAAGAGGCUGUUAUGGGAGGACGAAUGACAACCACACUAAAUGCGAAUGGUGAUAUUUGUUCUAUUCAAAAAGCUGGAGGGGAAGGUGUCUUGCAAAGUGUUAUCAUGCAGUGUUUGCGAAUCGCCUCUGUGAAAGCCGGUGAUAUAACCCAGAAGAUAAAGAAGGCAGUGGAUUCAUUUGACACACAGAGAGCAUUAAAGAAGAUUAAACGCCAUCCUGCUUCUACUGCUAUGGAUAUUGAUGAAGUUGAUUCUAAAUUAAAGAAAAUAAAGAGCGAGCUAGUUGAUAAAACUGAUACCAUAAUUUCCGGUCAAUCUGAAAAUGUUGAAGAGGGAGGAACUAAAUCAUUAGAACAAGGACAAAUUAAGAAGGGAAAUGAAGUGAAGAAAUUCAUCGGGGGCCCUUCAUCCUGGGAUCCUUACUCGAAGGGUGUUGAUCCAGAAUUCUUAAAAGCAUCUCUAGCAUCACGUGGAAGGUCAACAACUAAUAAGAAACAAGAGGAAUUGAAGAAAAACCAUACCUUAUCUGAGAUCAAGCUAGAGGAACCUCCUACAGUUGUUAAUCAAGGAUCUUUAGCAGUUGAUCCAGCUCAACCCGAACAACAAUCUAAAGGAGAAAAAACUUUGAAGGAUGCAGUGAAGCCCAAGCACAAGAGAAAAAAGAAACAAUCUUCCACUGGUGCAAGCUAGAUGUGAAACUGGACAUUACUAAGGGAAACCGAAACCUAAAUUGAAACACACAGUGUUCAACUUCAAUGUAACACAUGGGAAUUCUUAUGGGAAGAGCUGGAAGAACUUUUACGAGUUCAUCCAUACUUUUGACUUCAGCCUGUGCCCAAGAUUGGCUUGAAUUGAUCAAGCAUUGUUUCAUCCCAUUGCUAAGGCUGAUAAAAUGACCUUUUUGUGUGAUUUUGUUGCCACUCAAAUUGGGAUUUCAUUCUGGACAUUUGCAAUGGAAUGUAUUUUUAUGUUUUAAGGUAGAAUGUACAUGAACAGGAUUAGUAGGAUUAUUGUCAAAAUUCAAAUAGACAGUUUUUUUUCCUUUCCUUUUUUGGGAUAUAAAAAGUAAGAAAGUCUAUAUCCCACAAUUUUGAUUUGAGCUUGUUAAAGAUCAGUUUUUACAGGCUUUCAUUAUUAGAUCAAUUUAGCAUAUGCACGCUUUUAUAA